CUCAGCACCACCAUCCCAUCCCGGAAGUGACACCAUCAGUGACAACCAUAGCUCAGUGGUUGACAACGGGGCCUGGAGCUGUGUAACAACAACGGCUUUUGGACUGUCAUAUGUUGGCUUUCAAAACAUAAUUUUACCUUGUUUGGAUUCAUAUGUAAGACAGGUCAGACAAAUGAAGUGACAAGCAGGAUAUGAUGUCCUCGUUCCAGGUGGUGGGCUCUUCGCCCACCAGUGGCAUUGGUGUCAUGGAAACAUCAAACUUUGCUCAUGUUAUCUUCCAGAACGUUAGGAAGAGCUUCCUGCCCCAGGAGGCACUGGAGUGUCACUACACCCUCACCUCCUACAUCACCCCCAAUCCCAAAGACUGGGUGGGCAUCUUUAAGGUAGGUUGGAACACAGCGAGGGAUUACUACACGUUCCUGUGGUCUCCUAUGCCGGAAAACUACCAACCUGGAAGCACCGUACACAGAGCUGUGGUGUUCCAAGGGUACUAUGUUCCCAAGAGUGACGGAGAGUUCUAUCAGCUCUGUUACGUCACGCACAUGGGUGACAUCAGAGGCGCCAGCACGCCUUUCCUGUUUCGCCCGGCCACGCCCACCGAGGACUGUCUCACCGUUACCGAGGACGACAGCAACUCAGACAUACUGGUGGUGACCACCAAGAGCAGUGUGCUGGAGCAGCGUGUAGAGGAGGCGCAGCAGGAGCGCAGGGAGCUGUUGAAGAGAAUGCAUGACCUUCAGGAGGAGAAACAGCAGCUGCAGGAGGAGCACAGGAGGCUGCACAGAGAGAGGGAGCAGGAGAGGGAGACCUGUUACCUUCUACGCACGCACAACCAGGAGCUGCUGCGCUCCUCCCAGGGCCUGUCAGAGGAGCGGGAGGAGGUGAGGAGGAGGCUGCAGGAGGCCACAGACCGGGUCAGACAGCUGGAGGAGGACCUACUGGGAGUCACACAGAAAGGACUGCAGAAAGAGACCGAACUGGACUGUCUGAGAGACAGGUUGAAGAAGCUGACAGCAGAAAGAGACAGUCUGGAGACUCAACUGAAGAACGACAAGGACGAGAGGGACCUCUACAAGGGCCACCUGCGCAGCACGGAGCUGGAGAACACUAAGCUGAGUGCAGAGCUGCAGAUGCUGAAGGCUGUGGAGCUCAACAGAGAGGUGACCAUCGCUCAGUUCCAGGAAGAACUGGACAGGCUCCGAGCCUGCAUCACUCAGAAGGACCGUCUGGAGAAAGAGCUGCACACACACGCUGUCGACAAGGCUGAGAUGGGUCGUCUGAGGGAGCAGCUUCGCCAGUGUGAAGAGCAGCUCCAGGCGUCUCGCCAGCAGGCCGCCAUGUUGGCGUCGGAACUCCGUGACUCAGCGAACACCCGCGAUCGCACCAUGACCGAGCUGUACCGCGCCCGCCUAGAGGCCGACGCCCUCCGUGCCAGCCUGGCCGAUGCCCAGGCCGAAUGCCGGAGGAUGGAGACGCAGCUGGACCACAUGAGGACCACCUCCCAGCAGGAAGUGGGUGUGGGGACCUCCAGUGAGGGGGGGUGUGUGGUGUCUGAGGCGGAGGCUGAGCUACAGAGAGAAGUGGAGGAGAUGAAGCUGCGUCUCCACAUGGCUGCUGAGCACUACAAGGAGAAGUACAGGGAGUGUCAGCGGCUCCGCAGGCAGGUGGCCAAGAUCAGCGAGGCCCAGGGGGAGUCAAAGAGAAACGCUGCCACUGAGACGACACAGGAGCCUCUGACACCCAGUCCAGAGUCACCUACAGCAGGCAAUCUGUCUGCAACUGGGCUGAGAGGAGACAGCGAGAGGCCGGUUGUCCCUAAACGGUGUGACAAAAACAGGGAACACACACACACUUACGCACAGACCGACGCACACACCAACACACACACCAACACACACACCGACACACACACCAACACAUUCUCCGGCAUGGAGACCAUGAGAGCUGGGGAGAAAGAGUGGAAGAGGCGGAAUGGGGAAGAGAUGGAAAGAGAAGUGAGUGGAGAGGAGGAAGGGAAAGAAGAUGGGAGUGUGGAAGAGGAGAGGAAGGAGGACAGGAGUGGAGGAGAGGAGAGGAAGGAGGACAGGAGUGGAGGAGAGGAGAGGAAGGAGGACAGGAGUGGAGGAGAGGAGAGCAUGAAGAUGGAGAGUUGGGUGGAGGUGGAGAAUGAGAGGAAGAGUGCUGAAGAGGUGGAUGAGAGGAGUGUGGAGGAGGAUGAGAGGAGGAGUGCGGAGGAGGUAGAGAAAGAACAGACUUGUUCGGUGGAGGAGGAGCUGGCGAGGAUGGAGGAGAAGUGGGCGGAGCAGUGUGCUAUCAACGAGACGCUUAAGCAGAGACUGGCCAAUGAGGAGGAGCGAUUCAGGAUCCAGAUGGUAGAGAGGGCCAUGGAGGUGACAGAGCUGAAGGAGAGUCUGGCUCAGGCCCUCAGAGAGAAGAACCAACUCAAGGAGGAGCUGCAGCAGUGUCAGGGCCGACAGAGGGAGCAGGAGGCUGAUGGUCAGGGGUCAGAGGUCAAACAGCCUGUGUUGCUGCGCUACCCACUUCCCUACCCCCAGGACCCCUCCCCACCCCCCCUGGUACCCCAGAGACCUGCAGAGCUGCAGUACGGGAACCCCUACUCCACCGACAACACUCGAGGCAGAGCAGGCAACAGAUGGCACACAGACAGCAGAGUUGGGGACAGAUAUGCAGGGACAGACUGGCAGAGACAGGGAGUCUCAGACGGGGCAGACGGCGCCCUGUCCCCGGAGCAGAUGCUCCGCCCCCCUCCUGAGGCCCCUGGUGCGUGCGCCCCUCCGGCCCCCUCACCGACCCCAGGUGCAGACUGGGAGAGAGAGGUGGUCUGCAUCCAGCCCUCUUCCUCACGAAGCAUGAGCCCCCCUGACGGACUGGAACACUCCCCCGAGGAGCCACGCAACGUCGGUGAUGGGGAGCAGCCUGCCUGCAAUCAUCAGGCCAGCAGCAGACUUACCGCUAACAGGAGCAGCUUCUGUUUCGACCCCAGUGGUGAGGUUCACAAGCGCUGUCCGUUGUGCGAGGUGAUUUUCCCGCCCCACUUUGAGCAGCGUAGCUUUGAGCAGCACGUGGAGAGCCACUGGAAGGUGUGUCCUGUGUGCUCUGAGCAGUUCCCCCUGGACUGCCAUCAGCAGCUCUUCCAGAAGCACGUGCUCACACACUUUGACGGCCAUGUGCUAAACUUCGCCAACAUGGAGUAGCAGGGCAGUGUGUGUGUGAAAGGGAAGGUUUGAAUUAAGGGAUGUAAAGAAGAAUAAAGGAACAUUUACUCAAAUGGGGGUCGGGAUGAUUUCAUUCAAAUUUAACUCGGACCAAGAAGGGAGAUUCCAAAUCAAGAUGAGAAAAGUCAUUGGCGGUAAAUUUCACUUUUAAUGUUGGAAAUGGAAUUAACUCCAGCCCUGGCCUCACACACUUCCACGAGAACAUGCUACCUUUCAAAAACAUCAAGGAGUGUGUGUAUGACUUUGUAAAGGGGGGAGUUUGUCAGUUUAGGGAAAUUACAACAACAACAACAUUUUUGCGUGAGGUUUCGGAGCUCUUUGGUUUUGUCCCAUGUUGAUGAUAUCAUCACUGCAUGUGUUUAGUAUCUGUAGGAUUCAUCUGCGUUAAUCAGCCAGUCAAUAGUAGCUACUUUACAAGACUUCAUGUUCUGUUCUGUUCCCAGUCACUCUGUGGCCACAUGUAGAAACAGGUGACAUCCAGGGAUGGGAGGAAGGGGUUAGGAUCUUGGGAGGAGAUAUGUGGUCUUGAAGCACCUCCAGUAUGAUUCAAACUCUUGUCAGCAAAAGAUGUCAGACGGUUAAAAAAUAAUUAGCACUAUUGUUUGACUGCACUGAAAAUACUUUUAUUCUGAAUGUAUAGUGUGUGUGUGUAUAACUGGGUGGUUCAAGCCCUGAAUGCUGAUAGCUGUGCUAUAUUAGACCGUAUACCACUGGUAUGGCAAAACAACUAUUUUUACUGCUCUAAUUUCUUUGGUAACCAGUUUAUAAUAGCAAUAAGGCACCUCAGGGGAUUGUGAUGUAUGGCCAAUAUACCACGGCUAAGGGCUGUAUCCAUCGUGCAUAAAGAACGGCCCUUAGCCGUGGUAUAUUGGCCAUAUACCACACCCCCUCGGGCCUUAUUGUUGAAAUAAAAAUAUAUAUAUGAGAAGUAGAACUAUUAUGGAGAAAUGUUUCAAUUGCUGUUGUGACAAUGUAAUCCCACAUGUUUUAGUAAUGACAGAUUGUUUUACUUCCUGGUCUCCAUUCACUGGAUAGGCUAAUAUUCUCCUGGACAUUCCACUUCAGUUGAUUGGACGGAAGGUAACACGAACGCUAUAGAAAACUACUGUACUCUUUCACCGUGUUAAGAUUCUAACGAUUGUCAUCUUUACCUCCUUUGUUUGGGUCAAAGUAAAUUCUUGUGCGCGCGUCUCUGAUUCCUGUCAGUCUGAGAUUUUACUGUUCUUUCAAUGUGACCACAGUGCUGUACUUUUGGCUUCAAAAGUUGCACACGUGUGUCUGUCAUGUGUGUCGGCCCUUUGAAAGUGUGUGUGUAGGUUUGUAUGUGAGCAUUACAAAUAAAGUACGCUUGUCAAAUGGA